CCCUAAACAGCACAAGUACACUCUCUCUUCUCUCUCGAUUUCAUCGAUUAGACUGUCGUCUCCUCGCCGUCAAAACUCAUAACACAGGCAAGCAAGACGGAGAGAAGGACUUCCCCAAACCCUUUCUCUCUCCUUUUCUCCUUGGAGUUUGGAAAUUGAAGCGCUCGUGUUGCUUCUGUCAGGGAAAUGGCGUCUUCUCUUCCGGCAGCCUCAGCAACGGCAGCAGCUGCGUCUGUAACCAAACCCACCUCUUCAUCCUCCUCCUCUUUACCUUUUCCGGCACGUCAUUGUUUGCACCCCAACCCCAAGGCUUCAUUCCCUCCCUCGCCCAAGUUAAAGCUCCAGCUUUGUUUCAAGGCUCUGCACUCUAAUCGGAACCACUCCACUCCGUUGAAAGCCCAAUUGAAUGAGGUUGCUGUGGAUGGAUCAUCUAAUGCUGUGGCAACUCCUGAAAAUAAGUCAAAAAUCCCACCAGUGGAAAAGGAUGAUAAUCCAGGAAAUGAAUUAUCUCCAUCAGCUUUGGCCACAGAAACGUCAAUAUCUGAAUUUAUAACUCAAGUUUCAAGCCUCAUCAAGCUUGUAGAUUCUAGAGAUGUUGUGGAAUUGCAGUUGAAGCAACUUGAUUGUGAGCUGAUCAUCCGUAAAAAGGAGGCCUUGCCACCGCCACCUUCUCCUCCAGUGGUUAUGAUGCAAUCUCCUUAUUCACCAGCAGCCAUGCCAUCAGCUUUUCCACCAGCACCACCUGUAGCUCCCCCAACACCUUCUGCCCCUGGUUCUUCAACGUCAACUCCUGCACCAUCUCCAUCUGCUUCUAAAUCAGCCAAGUCGUCUCUUCCAUCUCUUAAAAGCCCUAUGGCUGGAACAUUCUACCGUAGCCCAGCACCUGGUGAACCCCCAUUUGUUAAGGUUGGAGACAAAGUUACAAAAGGGCAGAUCCUUUGCAUCAUUGAAGCCAUGAAAUUGAUGAAUGAAAUUGAAGCUGAUCAAUCAGGUACAAUAGUUGAGAUCCUCGUAGAUGAUGGCAAGCCUAUUAGCGUGGACACUCCACUUUUUGUGAUCGAGCCAUAGAGUUGAUGACUAUAGAAGGGGGCAGGUGAACUAAAUGAGGGGGGUUUGAGCUAUUUUUCUUGGUAAUGUAGCAAAGUUGUUUAGGUAUGUUUUCUUAUGGAUAAAAUGUUUUGCCUGGAAUGAGAUGGUAGGUAGAGAUUAAGAUUUAGUAGUUUAGGUAUGUUUUCUUGUGGGUUGAGAUUUUCUUUUUUAUUUAAAAUAUACAACUAGAAGGAAUUCUAUCAUAAGUUAUAACUAGCUGACAGCCCAUGCAAAGCACAAACAGAGAACAGGAAGUGAAUGAUUAAAAAUUGGGACACAAAAUGCCUGAUCGAGACCAUGCGUUUUUUAUUUUCACUCUGUUACAGGGCAAAAUCUAUAGAUUGUUUUCAUUGAUACAUGGGAGAUAGUAAAUCGGAUGGUCUGUACCUUAUUCAUAAACGCUGGUUCAUAAUGUAAUUCAGUGUCAAAUGGGCUGCAUAAUACAUCUGUCAACAAAGUUGUCAGCAUUUUGA